GUUUGGUUCGUGGAUUCGAAUUCGCGUUUCUUCUAUAAGCUGCACCUCGCACCUUUCAGCCACGUCGCAAGAAAGAGAAUGUCCACCGAAAAGUCCAAGUUAACCCUAGCCCGCGGCUGGCCUGAAAAGGGAGUAUACAGCUGGUCGCCCUUUGUGACAAAGGUCGAAUUCCGGUUUCGACACGCUGGGCUGGCUUACGACGUCGAAGCCGGGUCAGUCAAGGUGGCCCCAAAGGGCAAAAUUCCGUACGUGGAUCUCGGGCCUCUUCAGGACGGGGGUCACAAUGGGCCCUCCCUCUUGGGAGACUCGACAUUCAUCAUCCAGAGGCUCUUGAGCAUGGCCCGAAUUCAAGACCUGAAUGGGAGCUUGCCGGAACAAUCGAAGUUGAAUGAUCUUGCUCUUCGGGCCUUGCUGGAAGACAAGUUAUAUUUCUAUCACAUGCGCGAGCGAUGGAUCGAAAACUUCUAUAUCCAGAGGGAAAAGGCUCUGUGGUCGAUGCCGUAUCCAGUCCGUGUGAUUGUUGGACUUCUCAUCUAUCGAGGCGUGACGAAAACUUUGCACGGUCAAGGAGUGGGACGACUGACUGGCGAAGAGGUGCGAAGUUUGAAGUCGGAGAUCUGGCAGUCGAUCGACAGCGUCCUCAACAGCAGGCUGCGGCAGGCUCCGGGGAGCGAUGCCCCUGCCUGGGUGUUGGGAGGAGAACAACCGACUGAGGCCGACGCGACUUUGUUCGGUUUCAUAGUUUCUGUGCUCGUCAGUGACAGCGCUCCAGAGUCAAAAAAGAUCGUGAAAAGCUUCCCCAGUGUCGUCACGUAUGCGGAAAGGAUACAUAACUGCUACUUCCCGGAGUAUGAGAAAUGGACCUGAGUGGCCAGUGGAUGAAAGAUUUGGUCUUAUGGUUUGACAAACCAGGUUGUUUAGAACGAGAGAGGAUGGUGCAACAGCAGGUCUUGCGCAAGAUCCAGAACCACGCAUGUAUAUUCGACCUCGCCCAAGCUUGGAUGAUGUCGGACACGAAGGACCGAGUUGUGGUGAAGACCUAAACCGCCGUCCCCAGAAUCCAGCAAAUACGAUGCAGGAUAAGAACCGGAGAUGGUGGAAGCAGCCUUUAUCAGACUUCGGUAGAAUAUCUAUCGCGCAGACAUCACGCCUUCCGCUCCCUGCUCCCCGUCUUCCUUUACCGCUC